AUGGAGGUAUCACCAAAAAACUUGCUCGAGCAGUGCACCUUUCAAGAGAAAAGAGAAAUCUCUAAGGACAUCGGUCCAUCACGUGGAAAAGAUCAAAGUAAAGAUGUCAUUGAAAAUGCGAGUUAUAUUGCCUGUCGCGACUUGAUCUCGAGUUCAACAUCCAUUGGUCAAGAGGAAAUAUCUGACAGAAAGACAGAGGUGAUUUUAUUGGAGAAAGAACCAGAUAGAGAUCAUUGUGAAACAGCGAGUCGCCAGGUGAUCGAGCUGAGCGACAGCGAUUCCAAGAUGAUCCUGCGCCGACAAUUUGGAGAAUUGAAAGAGAAUAGAAAUUCAAAUUUGCAGAACGACUCGACGUACUAUGAAAACAUGGAAAUUCUACGAAAACUACCGCCAGAUACAGUCGUGAUAAGACAAGAAACGAGAACAAAUAAGGAGGAUAGCGAUUAUAGAGAGUUGAUGGAAACGAAUAGCAGUGGAAGCAGCUCGACAUCCGGUUGCACAGCUGCUAAAGCAAAAAGAUUCACCCGAGCUAUCAGGAAUAAAACUCGUGAGACGGUAGAGGUGAGACGAAAUCCUAUGCGGGUAUCUAAGAAGAAUAUUGAUAAGGAUUUCCCCCGAUCUAAACAACGACUAUUAGUCAACAGUAGGAGAGAAAUUCGCACAAAUUAUGAAACCAACAAACGUAUUAAAUCAGGCACGAUGCCUUAUAUGAAAACUAGAUCGGUCACUCGGAAAAUGUAUACUGUAGGUGCAACUUAUCAAGCACCUACCAAAAAAGAUGAGACUGAAUGGAAGGAAUGGCCUGUGCAUGGAAUGCACGAAAGACCGGUUUACCAUCCUCAAGCUGGUCUGGCAGUUGAGUACCUAGGAAGGUGUUUCACCAGCCUCGAUGGAUUAUCCUACUGUGAGAUUAUCGAUGAGCCGGAAAUCGAAGUGGUCGCCGUCGAUCCGCAUCGCGAUCGACGAGCCCCUUCUAUCGAGAAGAAGCCAAAGGGAAGGACGAAAGGAAAAAGCAGAUGUUCGUCAAAUGCCAAAGAUACGUGUAAUACUUACUUCUCCGUGGAGGACAAGUCCUUCGAGACAUGCAUGCAUGGAAGUCUUCACUGCGUACUCGGUUAUUGCUCGCAAGUUAUAACACCAACGUACAAGCAAGCUGUCGAAGAGAGAAAAUUAACAGUUUCUACAACUAAGAGCUCUUCGGAAAUAUCAGCAAAGGAAACGGCAAAUGUCAUGAAUAACGCCAUAAGUUCCUCAGAGAAUGCCAUUAAGUUUGCAGAAAAAACAAAGAUAAUUGAAGCCAUUGCUAUAGCACAAAACGCUCAAAAGAAAAAUGUCAUGAAUAACACAAACGGUCGAAGAAUCACUGCGACUUAUCCAUCAUCUUCAGCAACGUAUAUACCAGAAACACAGAGAUCGAUUGGGGAGAGCGAUGGCUCUAAAAUUAUUCCGCAGAACGGAGAGAUGAUCAGAAUGAAUUUAAAACGAAUUUUACGAGACGCUUCAAACAACUCUUUCAUCUUGCUAAGGAAUUCGGCUGCGAAAACGAGCGACGAAAACUGCACAGCAACCGUAAAGGAUGUCUUUAAUCCAGCCAAGUUGGAAGACGUGUCUGUCGAUGACAAGACACUGCCAAACAUGUCGUCGAUCUAUAAAAAGCUAAUUUUGUCGAGCGAACCGGCUUUAGGUCGCGAAGAGUCAUCAGUGAAAAACAAUUUGUACACCUUGAAGAGAUAUUCUACAAACACACGAGAGAAUACGGCAAAGAAGACUUUCUCGGAAAAUCAGUUGGAAAACGAGAAAAUCGUUCAUGCUGCAAAAGAAAAUCACAAAAGUAAAUCCGCCGAUAAAAUAAAGAUUAACAGAGAGUCAAAUGAUGAAAUGCUGAUGAUGAGUUCCGGCAAGAGCAGUACGCAAUGCAGUGAAACUUCGGAGAUCGCCAGAAUCCUGUCAGAAUACAAUAAUAGUACAUUGAGAAAAUCUGCAAUGCAUAAUCGAAUUUAUGAUUCAAAAAAUAUGAAAGCCAAUAUAUCGAAUUCAGGCGCCAAAGCUUUGCCGAAGGACUUCUGGCAAAAAAAUAUAACAGCAGAAGAAAAUCAAAACUUCACAAUUCCGGAUAUAAAUGCGGAUCUCGAUCUCUUGCAGGAAAAAUGGAAGAGAUAUAAUGUGUCGCUAGGAGAAAAGAGCAAAGAUAAUGAGACUGUCAACAGCACACAAAAUGCUCGAAACAGCUGUUCAUUAGAGAAUAAUCAAGUUUUUUUCAUAGAUCGACAGAUGAGCUUAAAUACAUUAAAACAUGUGAAAGAAAAAUCUGCUAAAACAUUUAAGGAACGUGAAAUUGUUAUGACUGAGACAACACAACAGGAAGGUAAAUCAGAGUAUUCAAAAGAUGAAAUUGAAGUCUCGACAGAACCGUUGCAGGAAUUACUGGAGAAUACUGCAAUUUUAUAUUGUGCUGCCAGUGGCGUUCACCAAGAUGAUCUAUCGAACUAUAUUGACACUCUUGACAGCAAGCAGAGCAUUCAAUGGCUAGAUAGUUGGAAUAACUCGGUCGUGUAA